GAGAUUUGACUGCUUAUUUCACGGCACUGACUAAACAUGUCUAAGCGAGAGGCAUUUUUAGACUCCGUCUGCAAAGACAAUGUGGGGGAAUUUCUCAAUUUCAUUCAACUCCAUGUAAGUAACGUUAGCUACAAUGUUAUUUUUGUAAAACUGCAAAAUAUGUAUACUGCAGUGGUUCCCAAACUGUGACAAUAAUCAUAGCUCUCUAAGGUAUGCAAUGACUGAUAUGACAAGAGGAAAACUGAUGAUGCACUAGGAAUUUCGAAAUUGCACCUUGUGCAUUCUACUAUUACAACUUUUAAGAGUAAGUUGAAAGCCAGACUGAGUUUAUUUUUUAUUUUAUUUGUGUGUGGGGGGGGGGGGGGGUACCUUAGUCAUUGCAUACGUAGAGAGCUAUUUAUAACUUGUCAGAAAUGCUAACGUUUUUUAGCCCAUUGAUUUUGUUGUAAUGUUUGAAUCACUCAAAUAUCACAUGAAUACACACAUUAGGCAUGGCAAAAUGUACAGAAUUGCAGGAAAUAAGCUUUAAACCUUUUUUCUCUCUCUGCCAACAAGAGGGGUGUGAACAGUUUGUGUCAUGAACAGUGCUUGUGCCCAUAGAUGUGGAAUGCGUGCAGGGGGGCCCUGGGAUAAUAUAAUAAUAUGCCAUUUAGCAGACGCUUUUAUCCAAAGCGACUUAGUCAUGUGUGCAUACAUUUACCAAUUGAGCUACAGAGGACCACACCUGGGAUGUUCCCCAAUGCUGAAAGGAUGGCCUGAGUGUAAGCGUUUGGGAACCCCUGUCUUAUAGGACCAAUAUCAUGAAUCUCAAAAUGAGUAUUGUCUACCAUAAUGAUUCGUUAUGCUCAUCUAUCAAUUUGAGAGCCUUGCCUCUGACCCUGUUUGGCUGUGAUGUUACCAUAGAAGGACACAGCUGAGCCCUUUGACCUGGAUGAGGUCCUGCAGGAGUUGCCAAAGGGCCAGAGAGAGGCACUGUGGGCCAGACUAGUCACAGUACUUUGUGACCAGCUGGCAGCCUUUGCACCAGAGCACUGGGAUGCUGGCUUAGAGGAGGACAAGGAGGACAAUGACAUGGAGGUGGAGGUGUCCCCAGACCGGGUGAGUACUAGUGAGUAGAGUUGUCACAAUACUAGUAUCGUGGCAAGGAAAUAAAACAUGAAGCAGGUUUAAUUUAAGGGAUACAGUCCUAAUGUUGGAAACGCAUUAUACUGUUGUCACCCAGAGUCAAAUUUGUUUGUUUUCCAAGCUAUAGUGCACACUAUUUGACAUAAAGCAGGUUCGACAAAGAGUUUAGUCUGCCUUGUUUUUUUUUGCCAUGGAGAAUCGUAGUAUCAUGACAAUUCUACAUCCUGACCACUCUCUCGUCUAUAUUGUUCCACACGGCAUGACAAGAACAGUUGUUUUAUUCUUGCUCUGACUUCAUCUCCUACAUCUGAUGUCAGUGUUCAGUUGUCUACUAUUCCUUGAUUGAGAGGUGGUCAUCUUUUCUGUUCUUUAGACACACACCAUGUCUGUCUUUGAGGGAGUGACUCUAGUGGUCACAGCUUCUGUGGAUGUCAUUGAGGAUGGCGACACCUACAACUCUCUCUUAGAGUGCACCAACAUAUUACAUGGUGAGUGUUUUUUUGUUUUAUUGACUAUUAACUCUGUAUCCUUGUUUUAUAAUAAUAAUAAUGAUCAUUUAUUCAAUUUCUAUAGUGCUUUUUUAUUAUAGAAAGAAUCUGAAAGUGUUUGAAAAUACUUGUUUAGCCAGUUUUUAGGUAGCCUGGUUUAUGCGACUCAUGUGGUCAGCGAGGGAGAGCUGACACACUGGUCUGGACAGGAGGGCAUUGUAAAUGCAGUAUUCAUGCGGAGUCGUACUUGUUUCUGGCUGAGCUUUGAUUAGUUCUCAGUAGUUUUUUUUUUCCUGGGGGGUUGAGACCUUACGAUUUGAAAAUCAAACAGUUGUAUUGAAAGGUGACAGCUCUCGGGGACUGUGUGUGGCUGUCCAUGUGGGUGUUUGAGUGAGAAAGACACAGAGGAGAACCAAUCAGUAAAAUAGCACAGCCCCCUUCAUUAUUGACAUAUCGUGCUGACAUCAAAAGAGCCUUUCCAGACUUUGAAGUCAGGAGGACUUUGAGUUAGGUGUCAGCCGGACUGUUUUAAGUACUCCAACCCUUCAGUCUGUCUCUGUACAACAACCCCAGGUGUCCUGCCCUACCUUCCUGCCUCUGAGAUGCCUCUGCGGCAUGCUAUCACCGGUCUGUGCGAGGCCUGGUGGAAGAAAGGCCUCCUGGGGAAAGAAGAGCUGGGCCGCACAGCCUUCCUUGUUUGCCUGGAGAAGACCCUCAUACUGAAGAAACCAGUACGUACCCUUUAGCACCAACAUGGCCUGUCGUUGCUUUUCUGUUUUGCUCUCUGUCAGUCUUGCUUUUUCUCUAGCAAACUUUCUGGGCUUGCUUUAAGUUAUUUUGGAGGAUAAUACAGAAUGAUAGGCUACCAGGGUUUUUUUCUGGAUCAAAAUGGGUCUUGGGUGGUGGGUGUGAUGGGGGUGUGGCUAUGGGCGUGCCCAAUGGUGUGGUCUCUGACCUGAAAUUUUAGAGGCCCUCCUGUUGGCCCGCAAUGACAAAAUAGUUUCAAAGCUAAUUUCCUGUAAUUCUACACAUUUUGCUAUGUCUUAUGCUAUCUGAGUGACUCAAACAUUAUACCAAAAUCAUUGGGGGCCCCAUGCUAUGAAAAAAAUACUCCUGAAUGGGUCAUUUUUGUAAUUAUUUAUUCUCCCUGACUGUCUUUUAUUUUGGGGAUUUUGUUAUUUAUCAAAGAUUAUCUUAUUUAAAAAUAUAUAGUUCCAUAAUCUUUUCUACAUCCACAAAAUUACCAAAAGUAUGUGGACACCUGCUCGUCGAACAUCUCAUUUCCAAAUCAUGGGCAUUAACAUGGAGUCGGUCCCCCCUCCACUCUUCUUGGAAUGCUUUCCACUAGAUGUUGGAACAUUGCUGCGGGGACUUGCUUCUUCCAGAUUCGCCCAUCGGACUGCCAGAUGGUGAAGCGUGAUUCAUCACUCAAGAGAAAGCGUUUCCACUGCUCCGGGGUCCAAUGGCGGCGAGCUUUACACCACUCCAGCCGAUGCUUGGCAUUGCGCAUGGUGAUCUUAGGCUUGUGUGCAGCUGCUCGGCCAUGGAAACCCAUUUCAUGAAGCUCAUGACGAACAGUUAUUUUGCUGACGUUGCUUCCAGAGGCCGUUUGGAACUCAGUAGUGAGGGUUGCAACCGAGGACAAACUAUUUUUAUGCGCUACGCACUUCUGUAUUCAGACAUUUAGAAAAUUCCACUUCACAAUAACAGCACUUACAGUUGACCGGGGCGGCUCUAAUAGGGCAGAAAUUUGACGAACUGACUUGUUGGAAAGGUGGCAUCCUAUGAAAGUCACUGAGCUCUUCAGUAAGGCCAUUCUACUGCCAAUGUUUGUCUAUGGAGCAUUGCUUUGAGCUCGAUAUUAUACAUCUGUCGACAACAGGUGUGGCUGAAAUAGCCAAAUCCACUAAUUUGAAGGGGUGUCCGCAUACUUUUGUAUAUAUUGUGUACUUUUAUAUCUGGUUUUAGUCGUUUUUAAGUUUUACACUGAACGUUUUUCCAUCCCCUAAACUGAAAACUGUUUGAACAUAGAGUUCAAGAGUUUUCUAUGCAGAAAAAAUCCUGGGUACAUGUUUACAUAUUUCAUAUUUCACAUUUCCUUUUUUGAUUUUUCUUCCAUGUGCUUGCUUUUUAUCUUGUGUUGUUCGCCCUAUCUGAUUGUCUCGUCUUCUGUGUUUUGUGAAGCCCGCUUCUAUCCCUAAUCAUCUCUAUCAGGAGCCUGAGUCAAAAAGAGAAGGAAUGAUCUCAAUAAGUCUUUUAUUUGUAUUUAUUUUAGCUCCACUCCCUGGUCUCGACAACAGACGAGAGCGCUCUUUAAUCACCCGGUACUCUCAUUCAGGGAUCAUCUGGAGAAUUAAUUUGAAGUAGAGUAUGCACUCUUCAUUUUAUCUCUGUCAGAACUGAAGUCUUUUUCUACACUAGUGGAUAUUUACAUUAGAGCAAUAUACGAUUAUGAUUUGUGAUCCUCUCGUUUCUGCCCUAGUGAGGUGGAUUCCUUGCAGGCAGUAUCUGCAUUUUAGGCUGUUCUCCAAUAUGUGUCUCUGGUUAUCUGGGGGAAGAAUGAUAUCUCUGUAUUAACCUUUUGUCUAAUCUUGGCAGGUUUGUCUUUUGGCGUCUGCAUUGACCAGUUUUGUAUUUGGUUUGCUGAAUGUUGUAUUUGCGUUUUGUACACGUUCUCAGGGGGCUGAGAUCCAAAGGCUGUGGGGUUUCCAUGAAGUGCUGCUCACUGUGGACUUUGCGUCGGAGAGCAGCCAGGAGCUGAUCGAUCUGCUGCUACAGUGCUUCCUCAGUGUCAAUCACAUUAGAAACGAAGAUGUAAGUGUGUCUUUCUAUUGGUGUGUGUCAGAACUGGUUUUCAAAUACUUAAAAAUGGAUUUAAUUUCAAAUACUUUCUCUGCCCGUUUGUGCUUGCCUGGCUUAAUAAACCAAAAUAAAAGUCCCAAAACUGCAAACCCUGCCCAUCUGAAACUCCAGACAAAAGCAAACGCUGAAUGUAUUUAUAUAGGUCGUGUGUGUGUGUGUGAUGCUAUGCUAUCAUGCUCACAUUGUCGUUCCGAUAACAUGACUUUCGCUGGCAGGGAAAGCGUCUCAUGGUGUUCCUCUUUAGCUGGAAUGUCAACUUCAUCCGGAUGAUCCAUGGAACCAUCAAAAACCAGCUGCCCUACUUUGCAAAGUAAGUGUUUGCAUUUCUAGUUUUCUAUUAAGGUACUAAGUGACCUUGUUAUAAUGUCUGCCAGAUUGGGAGGUUGGGGGUUCGAUCUCCGGUCGAGUCAUACCAAAGACCAAAAAAAAUGGGACCCGAUGCAUUUCUGCUUGGCACUCAGCAUUUAGGGUAAGGCCCCACGACAGACUAGUGUCCUGUCCAGGGGGUGUACUUGCACAUCAAGCUGCCUCCCGCUACAUAAACAGGAGAUGGGCCGUUCUGGCUCGGUCAAGGCUUACUUAUUCUAAGGUAGCUGUCAGGAGGCAAUGGUUUUCUCCUAUUCAAUUCAUGAUGAUAUACCAGUUUUUUUUGACUGUUUGGUUGAACUCAGUUGAUUUUUACCAGUUCCCUCACUGACAACAUAGCUGAGAUCUACUGCCGGGCCUGGAAGAAAGCCUCUGGGGUCUGUCUGGAGCAGAUCGAGAGCACCUGCAUCCAGGACUUCAUGCAGCACGCUGUACUCCUGCACAGGACCUCACCCGUCCAUGCCAAAGUCAGACAGGUGGGCGCCGUGCACAUUUGACUUAGUGUGCAUCCCAGGUGGCAUCUUAUUCCCUAUACUGUAUAGUGCACUACUUUUGACCAGGGCCUUUAGUAGUUCACCCUAUAGCGCUCUGGUAAAAAUGAUUGCACUAUAUAGGGUAUGCUGGGAAUUGCCAGGGAUCUCACGAUACUUAGGUGCUGAUACGAUCUGUAUUGCAAUUCUCAUGAUUCUAUAUGUAUUGCGAUUUGAUGUUCCAAACAUAUUUCUCACUGUCAGCUUCAGAAAUAAUAAUAAUAUUUUUUUUUACAAAUUGAUACUUGGAUUCAAAUAUCGAUAUAAUAUCUUUCCCAAAAUAAUAUUGCGAUAUGUAACUGUAUUGAUGUUUUUGUUUUAUUUUUACCACUAAUAUAGGGAAAAGGGUGCCAUUUGGGACUGUUGAAGUAGAACUUCAACAGCACACAUUCCCUGUAUUUAUUUUCUCAUGGACUGCUAGCGCUUCCAAACACCAGCUGCGUACCCACAAGUCUACGUAUUCAUGCUGGUGACUUUAUUUAUGGUGUGACUUAUCUCUCUUGUAGAUACUGACUACUCCACGGAAGGCCGCCCGGGUUGAUGAGAUGCUCUACAGACUCUACAAGCUUCUCUGGAGACCGCUAAGCGGACAGGCCAAUUGUUCCUUCAAUACAAACAUACUCUUUAAUUUCUUGGAUAUUUGUUUUUUGUUGUUGUUGACUAAAUGAGGAGUUCUUACAUCUACAUUGUAGGCUGCCAACUUCCUGAGGUCCGGGCCAAUGCCACUCUGCCCUUCACCGAGGCCUUCCCUAUCCACGACCCUAGCCAGAGCAGUGAGAAGAUGGACGAGACCAUCCAGAAACAACUGGACACGCUGGUCGUAAGUCAAUGUAUUAUGACAUUGAAUUUCCAAGUGGUUGUUUUAUGUUUGUGAAUCCGUGAAAUGCCAUAAAUUGAGCUAAUAUGCGGCAGAUAGCCUAGCAGUUAAGAGCGUUGGGCCAGUAACCGAAAGGUUGCUGGUUCGAAUCCCCGAGCCGACUAGAUGAAAAAUCUGUCUGUGCACUUAACCCUAAUUGCCCCUGUAAGUCAGCGUGGAUAAGAGCGUCUGCUAAAUAGUUUGGAAUUACAAAAUCAGCAUAGAAUGUUUCUGUGUCGAUUUUAAAGGGUUAAAUAGUUCAAGUGUAGUGAGUGUAUUUUAUCAGCACUGUGUACAGUGUAGUCCUGUUUAAUAAAGCUCUCACCUGUUUGUUCCUGUGUGUGUGUUUGUAACAUGUCAGUGCCUGCUGGAGGACCCUCAGCCCCUGGUGCGCUCCACAGCCACCCUGGGGGUCUGUAAGAUCCUGGCCAAGUGUUGGGAGGUCAUCCCCCCCACUGUCAUCACCGACUUCCUUAAGAAGUUGGUGGUGGAGCUGGCCAAUGAUACCAGCUCCCCUGAUGUCCGCUGCUCCGUCUUCAAGGUGGGUGACCACAGUAUUGAAUACUAUAGAACACUAUAUAUAUAUUAGAACAUUAUGGUUACAUCCCAAAUGGCACCCUGUUCCCUAUAUAGUGCACUAAUUUGACAGCCCUUAAAGCUCUGGUCAAAAGCAGUGCCCUAUAUAGGGAAUCGGGUGCCAUUUGGGAUGCAGACCUAUAUGUCUCUAUGGGUGCGAUGGUGAACUCUGAACCUCCUCUAGAGCACCACCAGUCAUGACUGCGGUUCUGUGUUGUUGAUAUUAUUGAUUACUGAUUGUUAAGUCUUCUCUCCAGUGUUUGACCAUCGUAUUGGACAAUGGCCAAAGUCACCCGUUGCUGGAGCAGCUACUGCCUGCUCUGAAGAACAGCCUCCAUGACACCUCGGAGAAAGUACGCGUGGCCUUCCUCGACAUGCUGCUCAAGAUCAAAGCAGUGCGAGCCGCCAAGGUAAAAACACUGCGUGUGUGUAUUUCUGUUUUGUGCAAAACCACAGCAUAUUGUCUGACAAAAAGACAACUGAAGAUAUUCAAAGUACAACUAUACAUUUUUCAAAAUUAUAUAUCUUCAUUGUUGUCAUUUUGUCAGGCAAUACACUGUAGUUAUUUCUGUUUGUGUUGGGAGAAAGCUUUUUGAUUCCCUGCUAUCUCAGUAAUACUGUCAGACAUGAUUUGUGACGCUCACCCUGCCGUACCCCUCCUCUCUCUUCUCCAGUUCUGGAAGGUGUCCUCCAUGGAACACCUGCUAGCCCGUCUGGCCGUCGACUCGCAGCCUGUCUCCAAGCGCAUCGUCAACCUCCUCUUCAAUUCCUUCUUCCCCGUCAACCAAUCAGAGGAGGUGUGGUGCGAGCGCUGCGUCACCCUGAUUCAGAUGAACCCCAAGGCAGCUAGGAAGUUCUACCAGUAUGCCCACAUCUACACAGCCCCCACUAACAUAGGUGAGUUUGGCCUGCGGUUAUAUAGCUCCUACACAGCCCUUACUAAAUAGGUGAGUUUGGCCUGCAGCUAUGUAGCUCCUGUCAGCAUAUGUGGGAUUUAAAGGGGUAGUUUGACAUUUUCCAUUCAUUGCGCUAAUGCUAGUUAGCAACCGCUCCAGAAAGUACCUUCAACUUCCUUCAAACUGCAAGCAUAGACAUACAAAUGGUAUCCAUGAGUCCAUCUGACUCUGGGUAAGUAGAAAAAAGGGCUUAAUUGCCAAAAUGUCGAACUACCGCUCAUUGAUCUGUUGAGGUUUACAGUACGGACCUGUGUCUAAGGUCUUUAUUCCCCCUAGAUCAUAUUAAAAAUACAUAUCUAGCUAGCAGAUGUUAUGUGAGUCAUUUGAAGUUGUUAGAAAUCCCAGAGUUAAAGUCUGUUGUACUGUACCGCUUGUGUCCCAGUCAAGCUGAUGCUGAUAAUCCGCCGGUGUUUGAACGCCUGCAUCCAGACUGAAGACCUGAAUGAGACAAACUCCAACAACAAGGAGAACACAAGUGUAAGACUGAUUGUAGCACUGAAUGUCAGAUCACUUACAAUACUAAGGAGAUUCUUGUUUGUCAAUGGAAUGCAUGUACUAUAGUCAAGAUUUUUUUCCCCAUCAUUCAAAUUACAAUCUGGAAUUAGUACAUUCCACCCCUUCAGCUAAAUGCCUCAGCUUAGUUCAACUGUCGUAUAAUCUAGUUUUACGCCAUUGUUUUUAAUGAAGUUCUAAACAAAUACAUUCUAGCUUCAAGACAUGGUAAAAACGAUCAUUUUCGUCUCAUGGAUGGUCAGUCCUUGCAUCCAUAGCUCUGUCUAUGAAUUUAAGUGUUUUACAUGUCUCCAGCAUAGAAAGCUAGUAUGAGGGUUUGCGCUCAGGCUAGAAUGAACAGUAGGCCUCCUUGGUGUUUUCCUUUCUAUGGUUUGAGUGGGAAGUACCUACUGGAUUCUAUAUUUCUCCAGCCCCAUCGCUCAGCUGUUUACCACAACAAGUUGCGCGGUGCCCUGCUUUGUUGUAUUUCAAAUCCCAGGUUCUGGAGGAUGUCCUGUCGGUCAAGGACACGGCGUCCAUGGCCAGUCUGCUGGAGGUAGUGGUGAUCUUGUGGCGGAGUAUCCGGAAAGCCCUGCAGCUCAACAAGGACGCCCUCCAGUACACCACUGUCAAGUUUGGCUCCGUCGUGCCCAAGUACUUCAAUGUCUUCCAGGUAUGAGGUGGACUGGAUUUCACCCUGUGGCAGUCACACCGAGGUUGUGUCCCAAUAAUCUCUAAUUUCUCUUAAGUGAGCACUUGUUCACUUCCCUUCAUAGAUUUGAAAGGAAAUGAGUGGUUUAUGGAAACUCCCUCUAGCCCAUGCUGUACCAAUCCAAUGCUUUUAAAUGUGUGGGGAGUAGUGAAUGAGUUCACACUUUAGGAAGAAGGAGAGAUUAUUGGAACGCACCCCAGAUAUCUUCGCCAUCAUUUAAGGUGUCCUCACCUUGUUUCUCUCUCUUUCAGGAGGAGUGUUGUACAGUUCCCCUCAUCCAACUAGCCUCCCUACUGCCCCCAGCUUCUGUCCCCACUUUCAGGUCUGUGGAGUCCUGCUAACUUGUCUUAUAUUGGUCUUCAGACUCUCACUCUCUCUGUCUCUGUCUGUGUUAACCCUGUUUCUCUGGUCCCUGUGUUCCAGCUGUGGGGUGCUGUCCAGGCUGAAGAGGCUGGAGGCGGGGGCCAAGGUGUCCCAGUACAGUCAGAUCAUCGAGUGCCUGUGUAGCUGGGGCCAGGCCGCACACGUCCUGGAGCUCGUCACAGACUGGCUCACUGAUGCGUUACCCACCGCCGCGGUAAGCAACACGCACUGAGGUCGCGUCACAAAUACCACCCUAUUCUCUAUAUAGUGCACUACUUUUGACCAGGGUCCAUAGGUUCUCUGGUCAAAAGUAGUGCAGUAUAUAGGGAAAGGGUGCUAUUUGAGAUGCAGGCACAGAUGAAUAGGGAUGCCUCAGUGAGACCCUCGGUGGCUCCUUGGGAUAUUUAUAUAUUAGGCAUUGUAAUGGAGAAAGGAGUGAUCCAUCUGCAUAGUAAAACAUCUUACUAAGUUUACUUUAUUCUGAGUAAACAAGUUUGUCUUCAAAAACAUUGCCUUAAUGCUCUUAUAGUUGGGUACUGAGAUGUAAUCAUGACAUCAAUGAACAUUACCCCGCCUCCCUGCUCCCCCUUCUCCACAGGGCAAAGGGAACACCAGUCGGAAAGUGCGCAUCCAGGAGACGGUGGAGGCCAAACCAGACCUAGGGCUAGAUUACCUGGAGUACCUGGUCAGCCGUACCUCCACGCGGGACUGCAUCCUGCCCUUCAGGCAGGGCCAGCUCAAACAGCUGCACAAAGCCCUCGGGGCCUGGAAGGUAGAGUAGAUAAUAUAAUUAUAGAGUUUUAUUUAUUGGUUCUAUGUGCGGUGAGAGGCUAUGUGCAGAGGUGUGAUCCUGUGUCAUGUUUGCUUUCUCAGUCAGUGCUGUUAUCCCAUCUGAGCUCUUCUGAGACCCAGGCCAAUAUUCCCAGAGCAGAAACAGCACUGAGGGCGUUUGCCCUUCACGCACGUCUCAGUGCCCAUCUACAGCACAAAGUGAGUCCCAUCACCUACAUGCCUCUGCUUUGUAACAAAUCUGUGUACAGUAUUGCUUUGCCCACGAUAAAUUGUUAUGCUAGUAAUAAAUACAACGAUAACUUUAUAACACUAAUGUGCAUCCGUGUUUUAUUUAUUUAUUUAUUAUUUCUUAAAUCUUCUUCUUCCUUCUUCCUUCUUCUUCUCAUUAGCAGUCACCCUACCGGUCAAAAGUUUUACAAUACCUAGUCAUUCAAGGGUUUUUCUUUAUUUUUACUAGUUUCUACAUUGUAGAAUAAUAGUGAAGACAUCAAAACUAUGAAAUAACACAUAUGGAAACAUGUAAUAACCAAAAAAGUGUUAAACAAAUCUAUUUAUAUUUGAGAUUCUUUAAAUAGCCACCCUUUGCCUUGAUGACAGCUUUGCACACUCUUGGCAUUCUCUCAACCAGCUUCACCUGGAAUGCUUUUCCAACAGUCUUGAAGGAGUUCCCGCAUAUGCUGAGCACUUGUUGGCUGCUUUUCCUUCACUCUGCGGUCCGACUCAUCCCAAACCAUCUCAAUUUGGUUGAGGUCGGGGGAUUGUGGAGGCCAGGUCAGCACUCCAUCACCUUCUUGGUAAAAUAGCCCUUACACAGCCUGGAGGUGUGUUGGGUCAUUGUCCAGUUGAAAAACAAAUGAUAGUUCCACUAAGCCCAAACCAGAUGGGAUGGCGUAUCGCUGCAGAAUGCUGUGGUAGCCAUGCUGGUUAACUGCCUUGAAUUCUAAAUAAAUAAUAGACAGUGUCACCAGCAAAGCACCCCCACACCAUAACACCUCCUCCUCCAUGCUUUACGGUGGGAACUACACAUGCAGAGAUCAUCCGUUCACCCACACCGCGUCUCACAAAGACACGGCGAUUGGAACCAAAAAUCUCCAAAUUGAACUCCAGACCAAAGGACAAAUAGCUCGUGUUUCUUGGCCCAAGCAAGUCUCUUCUUAUUAUUGGUGUCCUUUAGUAGUGGUUUCUUUGCAGCAAUUUGACCAUGAAGGCCUGAUUCACACAGUCUCCUCUGAACAGUUGAUGUUGAGAUGUCUGUUACUUGAACUCUGUGAAGCAUUUAUUUGGGCUGCAAUUUCUGAGGCAUCUGCAGCAGAGGUAACUCUGGGUCUUCCUUUCCUGUGGUGGUCCUCAUGAGAGCCAGUUUCAUCAUAGCGCUUGAUGGUUUUUGCGACUGCACUUGAAGAAACUUUCACAUUUCUUGAAGAUUUCCAGAUUGACUGACCUUCAUAUUUUUUAAGUAAUGAUAGACUGUCGUUUCUCAUUGCUUAUUUGAGCUGUUCUUGCCAUAAUAUGAACUUAGCCCUAUUUGGUACCUUGUCACAACACAACUGAUUGGCUCAAACGCAUUAAGAAGGAAAUAAAUUCCACAAAUUAACUUUGAAGAAGGCACACCUGUUAAUUGAAAUGCAUUCCAGGUGACUACCUCCAUGAAGCUGGUUGAGAGAAUGCCAAGAGUGUGCAAAGCUGCCAUCAAGGCAAAGGGUGGCUACUUUGAAGAAUCUCAAAUAUAUAAUAUAUUUUGAUUUGUUUAACACUUUUUUUGGUUACUACUUGAUUCAAUGUGUUAUUUCAUAGUUUUGAUGUCUUCACUAUUAUUCUACAAUGUCAAAAUGUGUACAAAUAAAGAAAAACCGUUGAAUGAGUAGGGUAUCUUAGUCACUUUAAUAAUGUUUAUAUAUAUUGCAUUACUCAUCUCAUGUGUAUAUACUGUAUUCUAUACUAUUCUACUGUAUCUUAAUCCAUGCCGCUCUGACAUCGCUCGUCCAUAUAAACUCAGCAAAAAAAAGAAACGUCCCUUUUUCAGGACCCUGUCUUUCAAAGAUAAUUUGUAAAAAUCCAAAUAACUUCACAGAUCUUCAUUGUAAAGGGUUUAAACACUGUUUCCCAUGCUUGUUCAAUGAACCAUAAACAAUGAAUGAACAUGCACCUGUGGAACGGUCGUUAAGACACUAACAGUUUACGACGGUAGGCAAUUAAGGUCACAGUUAUGAAAACUUAGGACACUAAAGAGGCCUUUCUACUGACUCUGAAAAACACCAAAAGAAAGAUGCCCAGGGUCCCUGCUCAUCUACGUGAACGUGCCUUAGGCAUGCUGCAAGGAGGCAUGAGGACUGCAGAUGUGUCCAGGACAAUAAAUUGCAAUGUCCGUACUGUGAGACGCCUAAGACAGCGCUACAGGGAGACAGGACAGACAGCUAAUCGUCCUCGCAGUGGCAGACCACGUGUAACAACACCUGCACAGGAUCGGUACAUCCGAACGUCACACCUGCGGGACGGGUACAGGAUGGCAACAACAACUGCCCGAGUUACACCAGGAACGCACAAUCCCUCCAUCAGUGCUCAGACUGUCCGCAAUAGGCUGAGAGAGGCUGGACUGAGGGCUUGUAGGCCUGUUGUAAGGCAGGUCCUCACCAGACAUCACCAGCAACAACGUCGCCUAUGGGCACAAACCCACCGUCGCUGGACCAGACUGGCAAAAAGUGCUCUUCACUGACGAGUCGCGGUUUUGUCUCACCAGGGGUGAUGGUCGGAUUCGCGUUUAUCGUCGAAGGAAUGAGCGUUACACCGAGGCCUGUACUCUGGAGCGGGAUCGAUUUGGAGGUGGAGGGUCCGUCAAGGUCUGGGGCGGUGUGUCACAGCAUCAUCGGACUGAGCUUGUUGUCAUUGCAGGCAAUCUCAACGCUGUGCAUUACAGGGAAGACAACCUCCUCCCUCAUGUGGUACCCUUCCUGCAGGCUCAUCCUGACAUGACCCUCCAGCAUGACAAUGCCACCAGCCAUACUGCUCGUUCUGUGCGUGAUUUCCUGCAAGACAGUAAUGUCAGUGUUCUGCCAUGGCCAGCGAAGAGCCCGGAUCUCAAUCCCAUGAGCACGUCUGGGACCUGUUGGAUCGGAGGGUGAGGGCUAGGGCCAUUCCCCCCAGAAAUGUCCGGGAACUUGCAGGUGCUUUGGUGGAAGAGUGGGGUAACAUCUCACAGCAAGAACUGGCAAAUCUGGUGCAGUCCAUGAGGAGGAGAUGCACUGCAGUACUUAAUGCAGCUGGUGGCCACACCAGAUACUGACUGUUACUUUUGAUUUUGACCCCCCCUUUGUUCAGGGACACAUUAUUCAAUUUAUGUUAGUCACAUGUCUGUGGAACUUGUUCAGUUUAUGAGAAUCUUGUUAUGUUCAUACAAAUAUUUACACAUGUUAAUUUGCUGAAAAUAAACACAGUUGACCGUGAGAGGACGUUUCUUUUUUUACUCAGUUUAUGUACACUACCAGUCAAAAGUUUGGACACACCUACUCAUUCAAGGGAUUUUCUUUAUUUUUACAGUUUUUUACAUUGUAGAAUAAUAGUGAAGACAUCAAAACUAUGAAAUAACACAUGGAAUCAUGAGGUAACCAAAAAAGCUGUCAUCUAGGCAAAGGGUGGCUAUUUGAAGAAUCAAAUAUAAAAUAUAUUUUGAUUUGUUUAACACUUUUUUUGGUUACUACAUGAUUCCAUAUGUGUUAUUUCAUAGUUUUGAUGUUUUCACUUAUAUUCUACAAUGUAGAAAAUAGUAAAAAAUUAAGAAAAACCCUUGAAUGAGUAGGUGUCCAAACUUUUGACUGGUACUGUAUAUAUUCUUAAUUCAUUCCUUACUUAGAUUUGGGUGUAUUGGGUAUAUGUUGUGAAAUUGUUCGAUUACUUGUUAGAUAUUACUGCACUGUCGGAGCUAGAAGCACAAGCAUUUUGCUAAACACGUGUAUGUGACCAAUAACAUUUGAUUUGAUUUGUUCUAAAACUUUUGACCGGUAGUGUAUUUCAUUUCAAACUUCACAUACAGUGGGGAAAAAAAGUAUUUAGUCAGCCACCAAUUGUGCAAGUUCUCCCACUUAAAAAGAUGAGAGAGGCCUGUAAUUUUCAUCAUAGGUACACGUCAACUAUGACAGACAAAAUGAGAAUUUUCUUUCCAGAAAAUCACAUUGUAGGAUUUUUAAUGAAUUUAUUUGCAAAUUAUGGUGGAAAAUAAGUAUUUGGUCAAUAACAAAAGUUUCUCAAUACUUUGUUAUAUACCCUUUGUUGGCAAUGACACAGGUCAAACGUUUUCUGUAAGUCUUCACAAGGUUUUCACACACUGUUGCUGGUAUUUUGGCCCAUUCCUCCAUGCAGAUCUCCUCUAGAGCAGUGAUGUUUUGGGUCUGUCGCUGGGCAACACGGACUUUCAACUCCCUCCAAAGAUUUUCUAUGCGGUUGAGAUCUGGAGACUGGCUAGGCCACUCCAGGACCUUGAAAUGCUUCUUAAGAAGCCACUCCUUCGUUGCCCGGGCGGUGUGUUUGGGAUCAUUGUCAUGCUGAAAGACCCAGCCACGUUUCAUCUUCAAUGCCCUUGCUGAUGGAAGGAGGUUUUCACUCAAAAUCUCACGAUACAUGGCCCCAUUCAUUCUUUCCUUUACACGGAUCAGUCGUCCUGGUCCCUUUGCAGAAAAACAGCCCCAAAGCAUGAUGUUUCCACCCCCAUGCUUCACAGUAGGUAUGGUGUUCUUUGGAUGCAACUCAGCAUUCUUUAUCCUCCAAACACGACGAGUUGAGUUUUUACCAAAAAGUUAUAUUUUGGUUUCAUCUGACCAUAUGACAUUCUCCCAAUCCUCUUCUGGAUCAUCCAAAUGCACUCUAGCAAACUUCAGACGGGCCUGGACAUGUACUGGCUUAAGCAGGGGGACACGUCUGGCACGGGGUGAGAUCUUGCGUGGAGCCCCAGAUCGAGGGAGAUUAUCAGUGGUCUUGUAUGUCUUCCAUUUCCUAAUAAUUGCUCCCGCAGUUGAUUUCUUCAAACCAAGCUGCUUACCUAUUGCAGAUUCAGUCUUCCCAGCCUGGUGCAGGUCUACAAUGUUGUUUCUGGUGUCCUUUGAAAGCUCUUUGGUCUUGGCCAUAGUGGAGUUUGGAGUGUGACUGUUUGAGGUUGUGGACAGGUGUCUUUUAUACUGAUAACAAGUUCAAACAGGUGCCAUUAAUACAGGUAACGAGUGGAGGAUAGAGGAGCCUCUUAAAGAAGAAGUUACAGGUCUGUGAGAGCCAAAAAUCUUGCUUGUUUGUAGGUGACCAAAUACUUAUUUUCCACCAUAAUUUGCAAAUAAAUUCAUAAAAAAUCCUACAAUGUGAUUUUCUGGAUUUUUUUUUCUCAAUUUGUCUGUCAUAGUUGACGUGUACCUAUGAUGAAAAUUACAGGCCUCUCAUCUUUUUAAGUGGGAGAACUUGCACAAUUGGUGGCUGACUAAAUACUUUUUUCCCCCACUGUAUCUCUAGUCAAGUAUAGGCUACUAACGAUAUCAGCUAAAUGUCUUCGAUGAGUGUCGGUUUGAGCAGUAUAGGUAAUUUUGGUUUAUCGUCCCAGAUCUAGUAGACAGUAUUUGGGAAAUAACUACUGGUCUGUGCAGUGUUUUGGCUAUAACCACAUUUUAUAACCACCUGGGCUUGCUACAACUACCGUUGUUUGCUUUCCCAGUUCUCUGAGGGGAGGGAUUUCCUGGUCCCUGUGGAGAACAUGGCAGUGUGGGUGGCAGAGAGGGUGCUGCCCUUCCUGGUCAGCCCCAGUGAGGGAGGUGUCACUGAGCAGCAGCGGGACCUCGCCAGGCAGGUGGUAGAGGUAAGUACGACCCUCUGGAAAGGGUAGCCGGUAUCAAACACAGGACGGGGUUUACACUGUAGUUUUGUACAGAAGACCUAAGAGUUAAUUCUGUCUUCAGUACUCAGCGGUACCUCAGAGGUGUCAAACUCAAUUCCUGGAGGUCUGUGUGUUUGCUGGGUGUGUUAUUUUAUUUCAAUUUGUGUCCAACUAUGACCUAGACAACCAGUUGAGGGGGAACUCCUAACUAAUCAAUUACCUUAAUUGAUCAUUCAAGGCAGGAGCAAAAAACCAGACACUCGGCCCUCCAGGAAUUGUGUUCGACACCCCUGCUUUACCUGGAGACGGAGGGAAAGUAAAUCAAAUCAAAUGUAUUUAAUAAUCCCCUUUUUACAUCAGAUGCGGUCACAAAUUGGUUUACUGAAAACCUUAACACAUGCGUAAAAUAGCAUUAGACUUUAUCAAAUAUAUGAGACAUAAAAGAAUAGCGGUAGAAUAUAGUUGUGUAUAACACUGUUACAGUAUUAGCCACGACAUUAGGUGUAAUGUACGAGCAGCUUUAUGGUAUUAUGGUCAGUAGAUCAAUUAUUGUGCUUCAAUCUUUCCUAUGCUUUCAGUCUAUAAACAGACUGAGGCUUCCAUCCUAAAUGGCACCCUAUUCCCUAUUUAGUGCACUAUAGGCCUUGGUCAAAAGUAGUGCACUACAUAAGGAAUAAGGUGCCAUUUGGGACGCAGAAUAGUCUAUUUCAUAGAUUGUUAUUCAGCUCAGGUCCACACUCUCACGUAUCAGCCCUCCGUUGGAUGCCUCCAACUCCCAGAGCGCAAGAUGGACUCAUUUAUUAUUUGAAAUGGGCUUCUAUAGUUAUUUCUUCCAUUACUCUCUCAAGUGUGUCACCCAGAUGCUGCUGCUUUGAUCAGAUAUUGAAAAUAAACCCCUCAUUUAUCUUAAUACCCACUUCUGUUGCUUCCACUAACUCUAUAGAGCUCCAGCACCAACACUUGAGAUUAAGAUACUACGGUAUGGUGGCUUAUUCAAUGCAACGUUUUCAGGACAAAUUAGCACAAAAUGUAAUUUUGAAUUAAUUAAUUAAAAAAAUAUUGUCCCAUAAUAUAGUUUGUUUAGUUGGUCUUUCAGCAUUAUUCCAGGUUCUUAAAAACAGUCGCAUUACAAACUCUGAAUUACUAUGCUGAUACAAUAAAGAAACAUCAAUGUCAUUUUUCUAUCCCUCUUUGUGGAGUGACAACAUUGCUCUAACGUUGCGGUGAUGUUUGGCAGAGUUUACUGAUGGUGUGCAGAGAUGUGAUCCGGGUGGGUCUUGGGGACGAGGAGUUCAAAGGGCAGAUCCUUCACCUGUGCUCCAUCGUGCUCCUCUCUGGUGAGUAUAUCUACACUAAACAUAUACAAUUAUAGAGACAUGCGGAAUCUAUAUGAAGAAACAUGCCAUUUUAGGGCAAUUUUUGACCAUCUGUAAAUCAGCUUUUCUAUGAGGAACAUUUAGAACUGUAGAUUCUCUAGAAUAGUUGUUGACUGGACUAGGCCACUUGUCUCAUUUCAUUGUGUCUGUGAGGAAAUUUGACUGAGGUGUGUGUUUUGUUAUGUUGUGUUCUCAGAGAAGGGCUACCUGUGUGUUCCUCUGCUGUUCUUUGUGCUGACGGAGGUGGCGGAGAACUACGUCCCCGAGAACCAGGCCCAGGACGACCAGUCUUCCAUCAUCCUCAGCGUGGUCACCAACGUCUUCCAGAAGAUCCUGGAGGUCAUGGCUCGCCGCCUAAGGAAGGACCCUGAGGAGGGCCAGGAGGUGAGGAGGAUGGCUGUGUCCCAAAUGCCUUGAUGGUUUGAAUGCCUAUUUGGCCCAACAACAGAAGCAGCUCUGGGGCCAUAUGUAUCAAGCUUCUCAGAGGAGGAUCUAGAAUCUGCUCCCGCCGUCCAUGUAAUGUUAUUCAUUGUGAUCUAAAGCAGUGUUCCCAACCUUUUUCGGUUACUGUACCACCAACUACAUUUUGCUCUGCCUGGAGUACCCCUGAAGUACCCCCUCAUGUGCAUUUUACCAGUACGCCUAUGGUCUCAUGAGUCCUCUCAAGUACCCCCUGUGGAUAGGCCAAGUACCCCCAGGGUUCCUAGAACCCCUGGUUGGGAACCACUGAGCUAAAGGACUAAACUGCACUCCUACUAUGAGACUAGAUAGAUAGAUAGAUAGAUAUCAAUCUACACACAAUACCCCAUAAUGACAAAGCAAACACAGGUUUUUAGACAUUUUUGCAAAUGUAUGAAAAGAAAGAAACUGAAAUAUUACAUUUUACAUAAGUAUUCAGACCCUUUACUCAGUACUUUGUUGAUGCACCUUUGGCAGCGAUUACAGCCUUGAGUCUUCUUGGGUACGACACUACAAGCUUGGCACACCUGUGUUUGGGGAGUUUCUCCCAUUCUUCUCUGCAGAUCCUCUAAAGUUCUGUCAGGUUGGAUGGGAAGCGUCGCUGCACAGCUAUUUUCAGGUCUCUCCAGAGAUGUUCAAUCGGGUUCAAGUCCGGGCUCUGGCUAGUCCACUCAAGGACAUUCAGAGACUUGUCCCAAAGCCACUCCUGCGUUGUCUUGGCUCUGUGCUUAGGGUCGUUGUCCUGUUGGAAGGUGAACCUUCGCCCCCAGUCUGAGGUCCUGAGCGCUCUGGAGCAGGUUUUCAUCAAGGAGCUCUCUGUACUUUGCUCCGUUCAUCUUUGCCUCGAUCCUGACUAGUCUCCCAGUACCUGCCGCUGAAAAACAUCCCCACAGCAUGAUGCUGCCACCACCAUGCUUCACCGUAGGGAUGGUGCCAGGUUUCCUCCAGACGUGAUACUUGUCAUUUAGGCCAAAGAGUUCAAUCUUGUUUCUCAUGGUCUGAGAGUCUUUAGGUGCCUUUUGGCAAACUGCAAGCGGGCUAUCGUGCCUUUUAGUGAGGAGUGGCUUCCGUAUAGCCACUCUACCAUAAAGGCCUGAUUGGUGGAGUGCUGCAGAGAUGGUUGUCCUUCUUUAUGGUUCUCCCACAGAGAACUGAAAAGGCGUCUGCGAGCAAGGAGGCCUACAAACCUGACUCAGUUACACCAGCUCUGUCAGGAGGAACUUAUUGUGGGAAGCUUGUGGAAGGCUACCUGAAACGUUUGACCGAAGUUAAACAAUUUAAAGGCAAUGCUACCAAAUACUAAUUGAGUGUAUGUAAACUUCUGACCCACUGGGAAUGUGAUGAAAGAAGUAAAAGCUGAAAUAAAUCAUUCUCUCUACUAUUAUUCUGACGUUUCAUAUUCUUAAAAUAGUGGUGGUCCUAACUGACCUAAGACAGGGAAUUUUUACUGGUAUUAAAUGUCAGGAAAUGUGAAAAACUGAGUUUAAAUGUAUUUGGCUAAGGUGUAUAUAAACUUCCAAUUUCAACUGUAUCUCCUAGAUAUAGGACAGACACUUCAAAACCUUAUUCCUUAUUUAUUUUUUGACACUUUUUUUGCCAUUUAUGAACGUGCUAUUCAAUGUGUUUUUAUAGGCUAUAGCAGUGAAGGCAAAACUCAAUAUUUAAUCAAAUAAUUGUUUGUCUUAGAGACCCGUACAUGGCAGAGAAUUUCAGUUUCAACAUUCCUUUAGCCCCAUCCCUCGACUGUUUACGAAAACAAGGGGCGGGGAUGACCAUUUUGUUGUAUUUCCAAUCGCAGAUCGCCCCUCUAAAUAUCCACUCCAGUUAGGUGUUAGGUGAAGAUGCAUUAUAUGUUUCUUUAAGUCUCUCCCUUUCAUUUAACCAUCGUUUUCUGUGAAUGAUCACCCAGUAGCUUGGUUAAAGCGUCAACAGAUUUAGCUACAAGCUAAGAUGCUGUGCUGCUUUCUGAGAAUGAUUCUGGGGAUAGCGACAAAGUAAAUACAGCCUUGAAGUUGAGAGAGAGGAAGAGAGGGGAAGAGAAAAGAAGAAGAGAGAGAGGAGGAGAAGCUUUUGACAGAUCUGAGAGAAGCUUUUGACAGGGUUCUACCUGCUUUUGAGAUGAGUAGGGAGAGACAUUUGAAAUCAGUCUGAAAGCUGUGAUUGUGGCGUCAGAAAAGGUUAAAGCUUUCCGCUUGAUGUGACUGUCUGAAGCUGCAUCCACCUGACAGGUGUUUGAUGAUCCAGUUUUGGAGGUGUCGCUGAAAAUGCAAGGAUAUGGAAUUGUAGUUCAACCUACUUUCUUUAGGUAAACAUAUGAAUAGGUAUGCAUCUUUCUUAACUGUGUUUGCAAGUAUUUUCCAAUAAAACAUUUCAAGGCUGGGAGGCAAGAAUGCUGCUGGUCUGUAUUUGUGUAUGUUCACAAAAGUGGACAUGGCAAUUUGGUCAAUGUUUUUGCCUAGUGGCCUUUCUGAAGACAAGAUGCAGACAUAAGGUUCCCGAGUGGUGCAGUGGUCUAAGGCACUGCAUCUCAAUGCUUGAGGCGUCACUACAGACCCCCUGGUUCGAUUCCAGGCUGUAUCACAACCGGCCGUGAUUGGGAGUCCCAUAGGGCGGCGCACAAUUGGCCCAGCGUCGUCCGGGUUUGGCCGGUGUAGGCCGUCAUUGUAAAUAAGAAUUUGUUCUUAACUGACUUGCCUAGUUAAAUAAGGGUAAAAUAAAUAAAAUAUAGACAGAUGGAUAGAUAUGGCCCUGUUCAGGUUGCAAAUGUGAAUAGAUGAUUUAAGGUUGUUUCUCUCUCCCCUGGCUGUUGUAGCUGUGGUACUCAGCUGUUCCCGCUCUAGGAGACUUCCUCCAGGUGGUUCAGGCUUGGUCGGGCGUCGACUCAAACCCCCUAAACGGGGUGUUUUCAACCAUCUGUGCUGCCACCCUCGCUGCGACCCAACACUCCCUGCAAAAAGUAACAAAGAUGGCUGAUACACAACAAACACUAUUUUCCUAGAUAGAAAAUGUGAUUCCAAAUGUUGAUAGUUUGCGAAUAAAGAACAUGUACUAUAUUUCGUCUGCGCUGAACUUAAAACUGUUCCGUCAUAGAUUUCACAUCCUCAAGAGGUCACAACACCAGAGACGGUCCAGGAUUUGCCUCCUCUCUCAAGCAUCUUGUUGGAUGUUCUCCUCAAAUCGCCCCCGGUCACCAGGUAAUCAACCAACUACACUCCAAGCGUUGCUGCUUUCUAUUACUACGCACAAUGACUGGCUCAGUUCAGUUUCCUUUUUUUGUGAUAAAUAUUUGUAUAGAUUUUUCCCACACAAAAAGGAAGAACAAGAGGAAGAACAAACACCGUCAACACCACACAAUUUCAUACAAAGAGCUCCAGCAAUGGAAUAUAUACUGUACUUUUGUCCUCAUUUUUGUUUAUAAACCAAGGCCUCUUUUUCAGGGCCUUCCUGGCAGAGAUCAACUCAACUGUCGACUCCGAGGUCAUUGAUGGUCUAACCGGAUUGGCUGCAGUUCUUCACAUUCUGGCAGUUGUCAGACAGAGUGAGAAAAAUAAGUUGCAAUAAAGAGUCUUUUAUAUUGAUAAAAAAAUAAUUUUCACAUUUAUGAAUAGUUUCUAACAGGGCGUGGCUAAAUGUUUUUAGCAGCUACACUGGGAGUGUAGCUUUUUUUGCCGUGAGCAGGGCGCGUGCCACUAUCAACUGUUCUCGGGCCUGAGCCAGUUGCUUACACCAAGGUUUCAUUGAAAUUAAUCCGAGAAGUUCUGUAUCCGGUGUAGCUGGCCUGUAAUGAUUGCCUGUUUUUGUUCCAGCUGGGAAGUUUAAGGAAGAUCUGAAGAGUACAGCCGUGUCCGUCCAGAGGCAGCUUCAGAAACAUUACGCUGUCAAGGCUGAGAAUGAAGGACACAUCCAGAGGUAACUAGAUUAAUGAACGUUGUAAGGGUUGUCCCAAAUGGCAUCCAAAUGGCACUACUUUUGACCAAGGCCAAAUGGCUCUGAUCAAAAGGAGUGCACUAAUAUAGGGAAUAGGGUGCAGUUUGGGACCUUUUGUAUGUUUUUAAGACAAUUAAAGUAUUUUCGAGUUGUUAGUUAGCAUGUACCCUGAACAUUAAGGAAACGUGCUCGUAAAUUGGGAAUUGUAAGAUGUCAAAUUAUAUUUUCAAAUAACAAAAUAGCAACCACAAGAUUACAUUAAAUUCAACAACAACAAAAAAUCUUUCUCCAGGGUAAUCUACGAAUCCGCUAUCAACACUUUGAAUGAGAUUCUGAUGCCAUGCCCAUGAGGGGGCAAGAACGAGAGAACAACAUUUACACAUUUAACAUUUACUAAUUAUUUUUUGGUACCCAGUGUCAUCUAUUUUUCUAUUCUGUUCUAUUUUUCUAAGUUUUUCUAUCCUGUGCGAUCAUGGUGUAUACAGCAUGACUUGUAUUUGCGUUUUGGAUUUAUGUAUUGCGUCAGGAUACUGUAUGCUGCAUAAACUGAACUGUGUGUAACAUUGCUAAGU